UGAUAAUUGGGCUAUGACGCUGUGCACCAUUCAGUACGUUUACGACUAAUGGAUGGUCCGGAUGAAUCAAUGUCUUGCAUACGUGUACGGUCUGGAUUAGAAACUCUUAAUUGUAGUCGUGGAGAGUGCCAUCUUAUAUCUUUUCCUCCCAAAUAAAACCCACAUUCCAAUUUCGCAUCCAAGGAUACUUACUUGCUCCGGUUCAAAUUCGCCGGUGAAGAGCGGAGGGAAAAGUUCUUCAAUCUCUAACCGGAGACUAUCUAUUUAUUCAAAUUACCCGCCCUGUAUCGAAGGUGACGGGUAGAUAGUAAGGAAGAUCGGGCACUAGUUCGAUCAAUUCUCUAAGCUCAACAGUGAUCUCGACGAGAAUAAGCUCCGAUCCUGAUGUCCAAGUGACUUCUAGUAGAGGCUGUAGCGGUUAUCAGGCCGCACUUACACUAUCGAAGCGCAACCCAUACUACAACAAAACUUCAAAGCUUAGACGAAUUCAUUUUUCGAGUUUCCAUCGGUCGUCCUGGAGUGCGACUGUGUUGACCCGAGGGCUUGUGUUUAYUUAUCURCUUAUCCUUGUCGUAGACUGGCGAAGGAAAGCUCCRGGUUCAUAACUUGAUUUGAUCGUGCCGUUUGGAGUUCCAAUCACGCUUUGAAGCAAAAUAGUGAAAAUGUCUUUCCAGAGCAAGGGCUUUUGGAUGGCAAAAGGUCCUGGGUGUUUAAAUGAUGGUGAGAUGACUUGUGAUAAUUCUUCCAGAAUUGAACCAAAGCGUGCUCACCCUUGGUUUGUAGAUCCUACGGAACCGGAACUGUUUCCCAACAAGAAGCAAGCAAUAGAUGCUUCAAACAGUAAGUCAAUUUCGGGAAUUUCAAACAUAAAURUUUCUCCAUGGGAUAACACUUUAAGUUUCCAAUCAGUGCCGAGCCAGUUUGGUGACCGGUUAUUUGGAUCUGAGCCAGCAAGGGCUAUCAACUUUGGUGCUAGGAACAUACUUUCUGUCAAUACAGGGCACCUCAAUAUGGGAAGAAAGGUUUUUGAGGACCAAUUUGGACAUGAUCCUUCUGUUGGCUUGUCUAUUUCUCAUACAAUGGAAGAUCCUGCAUCGUGCCUCAGCUAUGGUGGUAUCAGAAAGGUCAAAAUUAAUCAGGUCAAGGACUCUGACAAUGGCAUAUCUGUGUCAAUGGGACAUGCAUACAAUAGGGGAGACAACAAUAUCAUGUCAAUAGGUGAUGCCUAUGAUAAGAGGGAUGACCAUACCAUUUCAAUGGGUCAUGCAUAUGACAAGAGGGAUGGCGAUGCUAUAUCAAUUGGUCACACCUAUGAUAAGAGGGAUGACAAUCCCAUAUCAAUGGGUCACACCUAUGAUAAGAGGGAUGAGAAUACAAUAUCAAUUGGUCAUACCUACAAUAAAGGGGAUGAGAAUACCAUAUCAAUGAGUCAUGCAUAUAAUAAAGGUGAUGAUAAUACCAUAUCUAUGGGCCACGCCUACAAUAAGGAGGAUCAGAAUACUAUGUCAAUGACUCAUGCCUACAAGGGGGAUGAAAAUACUAUGACAAUGGGUCACAUCUACAACAAAGCAGAUGACGGUACAAUAACAAUGGGUCACAUCUUCAACAAGGGGGAUAACAAUAUAAUCUCAAUGGGUCAUCCUUAUAAUAAGGGUGAUUCCACUACUAUAUCUUUCACUGGCUUUCAUGAAGAAACUGACACAAACCCCUCAGGCAGGCUUAUAAGCAGCUAUGACUUGCUAAUGAGUCAAUCUUCCAUUCAAACAUCAGAGACAGAGACCGUCAAUGAAAAAGAAUUAGUUGAUACAAGUGUAGAUGUAUUUGUAAAUAAUGCUCAAAAUACAUCUGGGGUAACUGAAACUGUUACUAAGAACAAGAUGGAGAUAAAAAUGUCAAAGAAGGUUGCUCCAAAUAACUUCCCUUCAAAUGUCAAAAGCUUGCUUUCAACGGGUAUGCUUGAUGGAGUCCAUGUGAAGUAUAUUUCCUGGUCACGGGAGGAGCUUCGUGGAGUUAUAAAAGGUUCGGGAUAUUUGUGCAGCUGUCAAUCAUGUAAUUUCUCUAAGGUGCUGAAUGCAUAUGAAUUUGAGCGCCAUGCUGGUUGCAAAACGAAACACCCAAAUAAUCACAUAUUUUUUGAUAAUGGGAAGACUAUUUAUGGGAUAGUCCAAGAGCUAAGGAGUACGCCACAGAACUUGUUGUUUGAUGCAAUUCAAACUGUGACGGGUUCCCCAAUCAAUCAGAAGUCUUUCCGUAUCUGGAAAGCAUCAUUUGAAGCAGCAACGCGUGAGCUUCAACGAAUCUUUGGAAAGGAUGAAGCACAGCAAUCUCAAAGUGAAGUCUUUUAGGUGUGCGUUAUGCAAAAAGUAUAAGGUAGGAUAAUCCUUAAAUUUUGUGAAUAGAAGGAAACAUUUGUUCCGGCAGUAUUAUCGAAUCAGUGUGGAAAUUGAAAUGGUUUGGGAUAUUGUGAUGUUUCUCACACUUUUAAUGCAUAUAGAGUUUUGCUGAGACAUGGAUUGUCCUCGUGCUUCAGUUUCAACUAUCAAUGUAAUUAAAAAGAGCGUUUGUGCUGCACUUGUAGCUACAGAGGGAGAUGUCUGGUCUCUCUUCCAAGGCACUGAAUGUGUAUGUUUUGCAUAGUUUAUAGUGGUCAUAUAGAAUGAGUUAUUGGCUUCUCUUCCGUGGA